AUGGCUAGAGAUCAGUCAGAUGACCCCCAAAACCCGUUCUUCCUUCACGGUGCCGACCACCCCAGUUUAGUUUUGGUGUCCAAUCUUCUCAAUGGCAACAACUACAACACAUGGGAGAGAGCAAUCAAGAUAGCAUUGACCGUCAAAAAUAAAUUGGGAUCAAUAGACGGAUCCUACGAUCAACCGAGCAACACCGACUCCCAUGCCGCAGCUUGGUCGCGUUGUAAUAGUAUGGUGAUUUCUUGGUUGCUGAAUGCUGUAACCAAGGAGAUAGCUGACAGCUUGUUAUACCAUGAAAGUGCACAAUCUAUCUGGACCAAUUUGCAGCUCCGUUAUCAGCAGAGCAAUGCACCGCGCAUCUACCAACUGAAACAGAGCAUGAACAACCUUGUUCAAGGGUCACUCAGCAUCAACGCAUUCUAUACACGAAUGAAAACAAUCAGGGACGAUCUGAAAACUUAUCAACCAGCUCCAACCUGUCACUGCGGAAACAUGAAGGCGUGGAAUGAUUAUCAGGAACAAGAGUUUGUCAUGACUUUCUUAAUGGGAUUAAAUCCCUCAUAUGCUGCUGUUAGAGCCCAAAUUUUGAUGAUGGAAUGCUCUCUGUCCAUUUUGAAGGUCUUCUUGCUGGUGGUGCAGGAAGAGCGGCACCGUGCAAUCGGCUUUGACGCACACGCAGAAACGGGUCAGGGGUCUGGAUCUUCCGUUGCCCUAACUCAAGGAAGGAGAUGA